GAAUUGGCUUCCACAGAGGGCACCCACUUCAUGAUCCUGUUUCGCGAUGCUCGAUGUCAAUAUCGAGCGGUUUAUGCCUAUGAUCUGGAGCUCGAAGAAUUGCACCUGAUUUGUGGCACGGGGCCGAGAAAAAUCACUCACGAAAUGGCAAACCGAUUUUUUAAAUACAAUAGCGGUGGGAAACAUUUCACAGAGAUCACUUCAACGAAUCAUUUAAGUCCGGUGGUGGACGCGAUCACCAUUCACGACUCAUUGUGGAGCAAGUCCGGUGCACAGGCGGCUGCCAUGAAUCUCGUUUCCGGUCGACCGGCCCUUUGA